AUGGGGAAGAUUAUCUUCUAUGAGAACAGGGAGUUCUCUGGGCCCCAUUUUGAGUGCUCCAAAGACUGUGCAGAUCUGCUGAGGAGUCUGAGCCGGUGCGGCUCCAUCAGGGUGGAGAGCGGCUGCUUCAUGAUUUAUGAAAAAGCCAACUACACUGGGAACCAGUACUACCUGAGCAAAGGAGAGUAUCCUGACUUCCACCACUGGAUGGGUGUCAGCGAUUCUGUCGGCUCUUGUCGCCACAUCCCCACGGAGCCUGGGUCAUUCAAUAUGUGCUUGUAUGAGAGGAUUGAGUUUGGUGGCCAGAUGAUGGACCUGAUGGACGACUGUCCCAGUCUAGAGGAUCGCUUCAACAUUCACAAUAUCUUCUCUUGCAAUGUUAGAAAGGGGAACUGGCUCUUCUAUGAGCACCCUCAGUAUCGAGGCAAGAUGUAUCUGAUUCGACCCGGAGAGUAUAAAAGGUUCAGUGAGUGGGGCAGCAGGAGUGCCAGGGUUGGCUCCAUCAGACGGAUUAUAGACUAUUGA